GAAAGUGCCGGGCCUGCCCACCCCGCGUGCAAAGCGCGACCGGCGGCUGAGGGGUUUGGGGGGGGGCCGGCGCCAGGACAGCCCCACCCUGAGGCUUUAACCCCUUCUCGCCGGAAGAGGAAGCCUCGCGCUAUUGAGGGGGAGGGGCGGUGUCCCUGGCGCCAGUGCAGUCGCCGAGGCCCUGCGCGCAGCCCGAGCCCUCCCCCGGGACCCCGGCCUCGCAGAGGGAGUUUGGAGUCUCUUCCGCCUCAGAAGUUGCAGGAGGAGUCAGGGCAGUUCAACGAGGACAUGAUCCCCACCGUGGGCUUCAACAUGAGGAAGAUCGCCAAGGGCAACGUGACCAUCAAGCUCUGGGACAUCGGGGGACAGCCCCGUUUCCGCAGCAUGUGGGAGCGCUACUGCCGGGGAGUGAGCGCCAUCGUGUACAUGGUGGACGCGGCCGACCAGGAGAAGAUCGAGGCCUCCAAGAACGAGCUUCACAACCUGCUGGACAAGCCCCAGCUGCAGGGGAUCCCGGUCUUAGUCCUGGGUAACAAGCGAGACCUCCCGGGAGCACUGGACGAGAAGGAGCUCAUCGAGAAGAUGAACCUGGCCGCCAUCCAGGACCGGGAGAUCUGCUGCUACUCCGUCUCCUGCAAAGAGAAAGACAACAUCGACAUCACCCUACAGUGGCUUAUUCAACACUCAAAGUCACGGCGAAGCUGAGACCGCAGCCCUGCCCCUCGGACCAGGGACCCUCCAUCCAAACCUGAAGCCGAGCUCCCCGCCUACCCCGCCGUCCCCCCAAGCCCGCCCCUCGUCACUGGCGUGGGGAGGGGCCCUCUGGGGAUCCCAGAGUCCUGUUCUGCUGAGAGCUGCACAAGGAGAGAACUCGGCACGGCGGGGUUGGCUCUUUGGGUUUCGUGUUCGUCUGUUUAUUUGUUUAAUUUAAUGAUUUGUAAAGUGACGUCCCCUCUUCCUUUUUUACACUUUUAGCUCAUAUCUAACCUCUGUUUGGAAAAUGAUUCUUGUAACUGUACAUUUUUUUGCCUCCUAACAACAACAAGAAUAAAUUAGCAGUUUUGUGCUGGG